AUGGCGCUCCUCUCCCUCACAGCCCUGGCCUACGCCAUCCCCUUCACCCUCCUCUACUACGCCCUCUCCCGCUACCUCGCCCACCGCCGCCUCCUCCGCUUCGCCAAAGCCCACAACGCAACCUUCCCAAAACACAUCCCCUCCCGCCUCCCCUUCGGCAUCCAGUACGUCUGGCGCACCAUCACCACCGCCCGCCGCGGCGGCGACAUCCUCGACGACAUCGUCGAAAAGUCCUACGCCGCCAACGGCGCCACCUUCACGCAGCCGGGCUUCUUCGGCCCGCGCGAGAUGUACACCGUCGACCCGCUCAACAUCCAAGCCCUCCUCGCGACAAAGUUCCAGGAUUUUGAUCUGGGCGAGCGGCGCAUCGCGCAGUUCAGCCCGCUGCUGGGGCGCAGCAUUUUUACGGCCGACGGCCCGUUCUGGGAGCACUCGCGCGCGCUGUUCCGGCCGCAGUUCUCGCGCGAGAAUAUCAAUGAUUUAGGCAAGACGGAGGACGCGGUCAAGGCGCUGUUCGCGGCGCUGCCGAUGGUGGGCAAGCCAGGCGAUGGGUCUGUGACGGUGGACAUCAUGCCGCUGCUGUUCCGCUUCACGCUCGACACGGCGACGGGGUUCCUCUUCGGCGAGAGCGUGGACAGCCAGACGGCGGCCGCGACAGGGCGGGUGGCGAGCACGAGCGCCGCGGCGGCAAUGGCGGCGGACCUGCAACGCACCGGCGGAAAGGAUGAUAUGAGCUUCGCGGAGGCGUUUCAUGAAGCGCAGAUGUGGAUCACGAUGCGCGUGCGAUUGCAGGGCCUGUACUGGCUCGCGCCGAGCGGCACGGGGAAGCGCGCGGCGGGGUACAUGCGGCGGUACGUCGACCACUACGUCAAGCUCGCGCUUUCCGCGGCGAAGCCGAGUAGGGAGAAGUACUCGCUGCUGGACACGCUGGCGGAGGCGACGCGGGAUGAGAACGAGCUAAGGGACCAGAUUCUGGGGAUCCUGCUGGCGGGGCGGGAUACCACGGCGACGCUGCUGUCGUGGGUGCUGCUGCUGCUGGCGCAGCACCCGGCCGUGUUCGAGAAGCUGCGCGGGGAGAUACUGAAGGAGUUUGGGGAGUACAGCGAGGACGCGGAGGGGAUCGACUUUGGCGCGCUGAAGGGCGCGCAGUAUCUGCAGUUCGUGCUGAGGGAGACGCUGCGGGUGUAUAAUGCGGUGCCGCUGAACCUGCGGAUCGCGGCGCGGGACACGGUGCUGCCGCGCGGGGGCGGGCCGGACGGGAGCCAGCCGGUGGUGGUGCGGAAGGGGCAGACGGUGAAUUUCUCGCCGUACGUGCUGCACCGGCGGGCGGACGUGUGGGCGGAGCCGUUGGCGUUCCGGCCGGAGCGGUGGGAGGGGACGAGGCUGGAUUGGAAUUAUGUGCCGUUCAGCGGCGGGCCGAGGAUUUGUCUUGGACAACAGUUUGCCCUUACCGAGGCUGGCUUCCUGAUUGUUAGGUUGUUGCAGCGGUUCAAGGCCAUGGAGUGGGUUGGGCCGGUGGGCAAGCCGCGGAAGGAUAUCCAUUUCACGAUGGCGCCGAAGGAUGGGGUUCCGGUCAGGUUGGUGUAUGCGGAUUGA